AUGGCUAAUCCAUUUGACGAAACAAUAUUAGAAGGAUUUAUAUGUCCAAAAUGUAUGGUUACGUUUGGAACUCCUGAUUUAUUGAGUCAACAUUUCAAAGUAGAACAUCAAAGUAUCAAUAUCCCAGAAAAUGGAGAAUGCUUAUCUGUAACUAAUCCUGUACUCAAGACACAAGCAGAUCCAAAUACCUCAACUGCAUUUUACGAUCGAAAGAAUGAAAUUCAAUCAAUUGGCGUUUAUCAGUCUCUGACGUCGAAAUUCAUGCAGUUGCGGAAAAACCAUGUUAAUCGCAGUUCAUUAGAAACAAACCGUUUGUUAAUACGUUUGGAAAAAUUAAUUGACGUAGCAGAAACACACGAAGGUGACCGAAAAGUAUUUGAACAAGCCAUUGUACCGUGGAUUGAUGCAAAGGUAGACCUUUGUCCAUACUGUGGUAAGGGAUUUGGUUUAGGCGCUGAGAUAGCUUUCCCAGAUGAAGAUGACGUGUACUUGAAUUCCACAGAAAACAAUGCAAGCAUUUCUAGGUUUUGGCCUAACAAAAUUAGUGUCACUCGUUUAACAAACGCUAUUCUGGACUAUAAUCCUGUAUACCGCAGGCGACAUCAUUGUCGUUUAUGUGGAUAUGUUUUGUGUGCCGACUGCAGUUAUUUUAUUUCUAUACAUAAUGCCCGUGGUCUUCUACAUGCUCUUAACGGACAAGAUUUAUAUCUUUUUCCGGUUCCUUCGAAUGCAUCUGAUACUAAUGAUCAUCCAAAUUACUUACUGGAAUCAGAAGUUAUUUUUCGAAAAGGAAAUAUUUCUACCUCCCAAAACGGUUAUGAGUUGCGUAUAUGUCCUAUUUGUAUAAACAUUUUGAAGAGGAAAAUUAGUAGUUUGAAAACGUUACCAAUCAAUACCCCAAUUAUCCAAAUGCAUAUAGAAUUCAAGGAAUUAAUGAAAAAAUCUAAACUCGGGGAACAAAAAUAUACGCUAGAAUCUGCUAGAUCUAUGCACUCCGAUUUGUUGCAAGCAUUACAAAAAAUUGAGACACUCGGACGACAGUUUGCAAAAUACAGUGAACCGAAUUCAGAACUUUAUGUCAACAGAAUAGUGGCGCGCUUGACAUCAGCAGUUUAUCGAAGGGCGAGACAUUUUGUCCAAAAUUAUCUCCCACCUUUGCAAACUCUUCCUACACUCAGACAAUAUGAUAACCUUACUUCACAACGCAAGGUUGAAUUGGCAGUUAGAUGGUCUGAGGAAGACAAAGCUCUUGCAGAACUGAUGGAGCGAGUAUCUGGUAAACAAAACUUUGCAAACAUGGAUCCAGCCAUUAAUCCUACUGCCAAAAUAUGGCGAAGGUUUUCCCAACUACCUACAUCGAUGCCCAACACUUAUGAGAAACACCAAGGAAAGAAAACUACAAUAGAGUACUUAAGUGAUAUAGCGAAUAAGAUGGAUCACGUCGCUGGACAACUGAUGACUGCACACAAAGAAGGUCGACUGCGAACUGCAGAAGAGCUGGCACAAAAACUCAACCAACUUGAACAAGAAUUUCAGAAUAUCAGUUCUAGUCUUAACGACAGUGAACUCCCAAAAUAG